CUUGUGAAGCUACUGACAGCAGUAACAUCAACUCAGCGUCAAACCUGAGGGUGGCUUGGCUGCCAUGGAGGCUCCUGUCCCCAGCCAGGACACCAUGGUGACUGCCACAGAGCCCUCUGACACCAUCAAACUGCUGCAUCUGCUUUGCCUCUCCACCUCCUGGGGAAUGCAGAUCUGGGUGACCUUCGUGGCUGGGUUUGUGAUGGGCAGCCACCUCCCUCGCCACACCUUCGGCUUCAUCCAGCGCGAGCUCUUCCCCUACUACUUCCACACUGGCUCUGCUUGUGCCUUCUUCAACCUGACUCUGUUUGCCAUGCACCAUCCCAGUGAGCUGCUCAGUGACAAACAACAGACUCAGACCAUCAUCUUCCUCGUUUGUGUGGCUGCCUCUGUACUGAACACGCAGUGGUUUGGGCGGGCCACCUCCGACAUUGUGGCAGACAUGCACCUCAUGGAGCGCAGCCACGGCCUUGGCCAGGCCACCCGCAAGUCCUGCCAGCAGCUGUGUGCCUCCAACCCCAGCUACAAGCAGCUGUGCCAGCAGUUUACCCUCUACCAUGCUCUGUCUUCCCUCUGCAACUUCUGCUGCAUCGUGUGCAACGGCCUGAGCCUCUACUACCUGGCUUCUGCUCUACCUGCCCUGUGAGCGCCAGGCAGAAGCAGCACUCUGGGCAGAGGGAGCCACAUCCUGCUGCCUCGCUGUGAAGUAACCCUGAGCUUCGGAGAUUAAAUGUCAUCA